UAACAGCCAUGAAGGAGUUUGCUAGCGAGUUUGCCAGGCGCUGUGUAGAAGAGCUUUCCCACGUUAGCCGUGUAGUUUCGUUUGUCAGAGCUGCUGAGUAACGCAUUUGUCCGUUUUAAUAAAGAUGUUAACAGUGCAAAGAGUUGUGCUUUCCUCUCGCCCAGGAAAAAAUGGCAGUCCAGUUCCAGAGAAUUUCCGAGUAGAGGAGACUAGCUUGGCUACGGACCUGAAGCAGGGCGAAGUGUUGGUCCGGACCCUGUAUCUGUCUGUGGACCCCUACAUGCGUUGUCGCAUGAAUGAUGAUACGGGUGCUGACUAUCUGUUGCCAUGGAGGCUGGAGGAGUGUGUCGAUGGAGGUGGGGUUGGUGUGGUGGAGGCCAGUAAGAAUGAAGCCAUGGCUGUCGGUGACAUCGUCACCUCCUUCAACUGGCACUGGAAAACUCACAGUGUGAUUGAUGGUAACCUUUUACAGAAGGUUGACCCCAGGAUGGUUGAUGGGCAUCUGUCAUAUGUUCUGGGUGGAGUAGGCAUGCCUGGGCUCACUGCGCUUCUAGGUGUAAGAGAGAAGGGUCAUGUCACCCCCGGAGCUGGCCAAACCAUGGUCGUCAGUGGAGCAGCGGGAGCUUGUGGUUCCCUUGCUGGACAGAUUGCCAGGCUGGAUGGCUGUGAAAGAGUGGUCGGGAUCUGUGGAUCAGAUGAGAAGUGCCAAUCCCUGGUGUCAGAGCUGGGUUUCACAGCAGCUGUGAAUUAUAAAAAGGGAGAUAUAUCAACAGCGCUGAGGGAGGUUUGUCCCAGCGGAGUGGAUAUCUACUUUGACAAUGUGGGAGGUGCUAUCAGUGACACAGUCAUAUCACAGAUGAACAGUGGGGGUCACGUGAUCCUGUGUGGUCAGAUCUCUCAGUACAAUAAAGACCUACCCUACCCACCUCCACUGAGUGAUGAAACUCAAGAGGCUCUAUGCAGCAAAAACAUCACUAGGGAAAGGUUUAUGGUACUGAACUACAUGGAGAAGCAUGAAGAAGGCCUUCUGCAGCUGAGUCAUUGGGUGAAGAUAGGUCAAAUUAAGUUGUUGGAAACUAUAGUGAACGGAAUUGAAAACAUGGGUGUUGCCUUUUGCUCCAUGAUGACUGGAGGCAACAUUGGGAAGCAAAUUGUAAAAAUUUCGGACUGAGUCACAUCUCUCCAGCAGAGGGUACUGUUUUUUUCCCCUCAAGGGGCCUGUGAAUUUUUCAGUGGUAAUUACUACAUAUAGUGUUUUUAUAAUUAUCUCAUAAUUUAAUUAUACUGUUAUAUGCAAUAUUAGAUUGUCAAUAGGCCUUUCAGUGAAAGUCAUGUGCCUAACAAAAACACAUUGUUUUUCAUUUUAAACAUUUCAGUUUCAUUAUAUGCGGUUUGUGGAAAGUGUCUUAACUAUAGGCUUACAAGAAAAUCUACUUAAUGGGCAGCUUUGACAUUUUGAUAUGUUUGAUAUGUAGGCUAAAUAUUUAGAUACAUUGAUUUUUCCUUGUGAAUCUAAUGCUGAUUUUAGUAGUAUGAUAGAAUCAUUUCAGUUGGAGCGGCUGUAUCAGAUUAAUAGGCACUAUUAAUUCUAGCUGAAGGUUAGCUGUCAUUUGAAAUAAAGAGUAGUUGUAGUGCCAUGACAUUUCAGUACAAAUUCCUCUAUGUUUACCAUGUCAAACAAGUGAAUUGCUAUUAUUUUACAUCAAUUAAUGGAACUAAAAUAAAAAAAAUAUAAAUUAAAA